UUUUCUCUCUUUGUCUACUUUAUCAAACCUAAUCUUCUUUCUUUCUUGCUCCUACUUUUCUUUUUGUUAAUAUAUUUUUAGCGAAGGGAUUUUGUAAAUUGAUUAAUUUAAACAAGUUUCGGUGAUUUUGAUGAUCAAUGUGGUCUGGUUGAGAGAAUUGAUAAAGAGGAAAUGGUGGGAAGCUAGGGAAGGAGGAGCAAGGAAAAUUUUGAAAUUUUGAACAGUUCAAAAUUUAGUACUAGAAUUUUUUAGAAAAUAAAAGAAAAAGGACAAGAAAAUGGUGGUGAGGAAAGUAGGCAAGUAUGAGAUAGGAAGAACAAUAGGAGAAGGAACAUUUGCUAAAGUUAAAUUUGCCCAAAAUACAGAGACAGGGGAGAGUGUUGCCAUGAAAAUACUCGAUCGUUCCACCAUCAUCAAGCACAAGAUGGUCGACCAGAUUAAGAGGGAGAUAUCUAUAAUGAAGCUUGUCAGGCAUCCAUAUGUUGUCCGUCUACACGAGGUGAUAGCAAGCCGCACCAAGAUCUACAUCAUCUUGGAAUUUAUUACUGGUGGUGAAUUGUUUGACAAAAUUGUUCACCAUGGAAGGCUAAGUGAAGCUGAAUCUCGUAGAUACUUCCAGCAGCUUAUAGAUGGUGUGGACUAUUGUCAUAGUAGAGGAGUCUACCAUAGGGACCUAAAGCCUGAAAAUCUUCUACUAGAUUCACAAGGGAAUUUGAAGAUCUCAGAUUUUGGACUUAGUGCGCUACCAGGACAAGGAGUCAACCUGCUCAAGACAACGUGUGGAACUCCAAACUAUGUGGCACCAGAGGUUUUGAGUCACAAGGGCUAUGAUGGUGCUGUAGCAGAUGUCUGGUCCUGUGGUGUCAUCCUUUAUGUCCUGAUGGCGGGUUAUCUUCCAUUUGACGAGAUUGAUCUUACUACACUAUAUGGCAAGAUUGAAAGAGCAGAAUUUUUAUGCCCAUCUUGGUUUCCAGUUGGAGCAAGAUCCUUGAUUUCUCGAACUUUGGACCCCAAUCCUGACACGCUUUGUUGGGGACCAUUACUUAGUGCACUCACUUUGUGUUACAAUGUCUCUUCGUUUAUGCAGCGUAUCCGAAUUGAAGAAAUCAGAAAUGAUGAGUGGUUUAAGAAGGGCUAUGUUCCUGUGAAACUUGCUGAAAGUGAGGAUGUCAAUCUGGAUGAUGUUAAUGCUGUUUUUAAUGAUGCUGAGGAAGAACAAACUAAUGAGCAAUGUGGGAAUGAGGAUGUAGGGCCUUUGGUUCUUAAUGCAUUUGAUCUAAUCAUUCUCUCCCAAGGAUUAAACCUUUCUGCCUUGUUUGAUCGUAAGCAGGAUUUGGUGAAACAUCAAACGCGCUUUGUUUCACAAAAACCUGCAAAGGUUGUUUUAUCGAGUAUGGAAGUUGUUGCUCAAUCAAUGGGUUUUAAAACCCAUAUUCGUAAUUAUAAGAUGAGGGUGGAAGGCCUUUCUGCAGACAAGGUUUCACAUUUCUCAGUAUUUUUGGAGAUCUUUGAGGUUGCUCCAACAUUUAUUAUGGUAGACAUUCAGAAAGCUGCUGGAGAUGCUAGUGAAUAUCUCAAGUUUUACAAAAACUUCUGUAGCAACUUGGAAGAUAUCAUCUGGAAACCACCUACGGACUUGUGCAAAUCAAGGAUCUCCCUGGCAAGGAGUAAAAGGCGAUGAUCUAUACUAGUAUCCCGAAAGCAAUCAAGUCUGUAGGAUAGAAAUGUUGAUGCAAUAUGGGUCGUAUGCAUAUAAUUUACAAUACCAUGCUUUCCUCUGCCUCCUACCAUGCUUUGAGUGAUAUGGUACUGUCAGUCUGUAUUCCCCAGUUUUGUAUUAGUUGUGCAAAUUAAUAUGAAGCCCUCAUUGAUGAAGUCCCCUUAAGUUGGAUUGCCUGGGAGACAAUAUGCUAGUUAUACUUACCAAUCUUUAACACCCCUCUAGUUGUACUAUCACAUAUAGAGUAGAAGUUGUAACACUUGUACUUCUUGCUCCCUUUUUUAAGAAGUACCAUCUGUACUUCUUGCUCCUUUAUUUAAGAAGAUUGGUCUUUGUUGUAAAAUUUUUCACUUUUGAUAGUGUAAAAGUUGUACCACUUCAUCACCUUUGACGAAGAUUAAUCUUGUUGCAAAGUGU